AUGAGCUUUGCCCAGCAGGCCGGGCCCUCGUCUCCGCCACAAACACCCACCACCUCGACUUAUGCGUUCCCAAAGAACCGCCGCCACGGCCUGCAGUUCAUACAACAACUACCCAAGCAGAAUGGGAACGGGAAUAUUAUGCCCAAUGGCCAGGGGCCAACAUUCUCCUACGUUCCUUCGAUCCGCCCUGCAGAGCUCUCACCGCGCUCUUCGAGUCCCGACUCCGAGGCACAUUCCUCAUCGAGUGACAGCCCACCGCGGUCCCUGAUUUCCUCCCUCGAUGAGCCUAUACCGCCAACCCCACCACGCCGUCCCAGUCGGGUAGUAGCAGAAGGGAAUUUUACCGUCGAGGAGUUCCGAGAAUCGGACUACGAUGACUUCGAUAGCGACGAAGAGUCAGUCAUCCGACCUCACCAAUACGAGGAUGCCGAAUCGGACCGCGCCCCUUCCGUCAAAUCAAUUUCCCACAACGACCUGGACCAAAGGUUCUACGCUGGUUUCCAAAAUCUACACUGCGAGAAUGAAGAUAUUCUGGGCCCGGAACUAGAGCGCGAGGCCUGGCUUAAGAAGCUAAAAGCGGAAAGGCGACGCAAGAGACGUAGCUCAGGGAGUGUACAGAAGCGGACAUGGAGUUAUAGCAUUGGAAGUGAUACGGACGACGAGGAUAUACAGCCUGUUACGUUCGAAGGGGCUAAUAGCGCUAGGCGGCUAAGGAGGAAAGUUGCAGGUGACGAGCGGUCGAGCCUGAUUUUCGAUGAUCCCCCGCCGAGGAUUGAUGAGUUGGAAGAACCCGAAUCUUGUGAGGAGAUUGUGGAGGUUCAUGAAAGCGAGGACGAAGGCCAAGGCCAAGGCGUUGAUAGGGAAUUGCCUUAUUAUGUGCAGGAUAUGGAUGUCGAUUCUGACGAGGACGUCGAUUCCGACGUCGACGUCGACGUCGACUCUGACGUGGAUGUUGACUCCGACGAAGAUGACGAUGAUGAUGACGACGACGAGUGA